AUGAAUCAACCAAUCGAUCGAUCAUUCGCAUUGGCGGACGUGGUGCUGUGGCGGCGAGGCCGGGCGAACCUGAGCGCGCUGCUGCUGGCGGCCGCCGUCGCCUCCUGGAUCCUCUUCAACCGCGCCUCCGGAUACACGGCCGUCUCGCUGGCCGCCGACGUGCUGCUCCUCCUGUUGGCGGUGCUCUGCGCGUGGUCCAGGGCCGCGCGCCUCCUCGGCCGCCCCGCCCCGCCCAUCCCCGACUUGCAGCCGGCGGCCGACGAGCUCGCCGCGCUGGUCCGCUCCGGCCUUGCCGGCCUCACCUCCGCCUCCCGCCACGUCACGCAGGGCCAGCCCGGCUCCGGGCGCGUCUUCGCCUGCCUUGCCGCCGCCGCCCUGCUCGGCCGCCUCGCGCGCGACCUCCGCACCCUUUUCAUAGCAGGAACUGGAAUUUGUGCGCUCGGGCGGGUUGCUCUAUCCUCUCAUAACAAGUGGGGUUAG